AUGAAAAUUGAAAUAUUGACUGUGUUAUUUACUCUAGCAUGUGUACAUCAAGUAAAAUUAGCAAGAAUAUUAGGAGUGUUUCCAAUACCAUCGCUUAGCCAUCAAGUCGUUUUCCGUAAGAUUACGCAGGAGCUCCAUAAACGUGGACAUGAACUCACAGUUUUAACACCAGAUCCAGCUUACCCCAAAGGAAAGGCACCCGCAAAUUAUACCGAAAUAGAUUUUCACGAUGUAUCCUACAAAUUAUUUAGAUCAAAUAUUCACUCAAAUUAUAAAAUAGAAGGUUUAACAUUUACCUACGACUUGCUUCGUGAUAUGAAUCCCCUCUUUAUGAAGGUCAUUGAGUAUCAUUUUCAAUCUAAAGAAGUCCAGGAAAUCGUAGCUAAUAAUAAAUAUGAUCUGAUAUUGUUAGAAUCUAUUGUUCUCUCGGGAUUGAUUUACUCACACAUAUUCAAGGCUCCAGUCAUAUUAGUGAGUUCCUUCGGAGGCUAUAUAAAUGAACAUAAAAUAAUGGGGACCCCGACUUCACCUAUUUUAUAUCCAUUGCCUCUGAGAAACAAGAUUUACAAUCUAAAUUUUUUUGAAAAGAUAAGAGAAAUAUAUAGACAUUAUUCAAACGAAUAUGCAGAAUAUUUGAAUGACCUUGAUAAUGAUAUAUUGUUAAAGGAGAGAUUUGGUCCCCAAACACCAACUAUAAAUGAAUUAAGUGAAAAUAUUCAUAUGCUCUUUCUGAACGUUCACACCAUUUGGGCCGAUCAUAAACCUAGUACUCCGAAUAUUGUCUAUAUGGGUGGUAUACACCAAGUACCACCGAAAGAUUUACCGAAGGACCUUGAGACAUAUCUAAACUCUUCUAAACAUGGUGUGAUAUAUGUGAGCUUUGGGACAAAUGCUUUGUCAUAUAUGAUUCCUUCAGAUAAAAUAGAAAAUGUGGUGAAAGUUCUAUCAAAACUCCCAUAUGAUGUGUUAUGGAAAUGGGAUCGAGACGAAUUGCCGGGAAAGACAGACAAUAUUAGGUUAUCCAAAUGGUUCCCACAAUCUGAUCUAUUGAGACAUCCCAAUAUAAAACUUUUUAUAACUCAAGCUGGACUGCAAUCUACUGACGAAGCUAUAACUGGUGGGGUACCUUUAGUUGCCAUACCAAUGUUUGGCGAUCAAUGGUACAAUGCUGAAAAAUAUGAAAAAUUCGGUAUUGGUAUUCAAUUAGAUAUUACAAGCUUUACAGAGGAAGAACUGCAUAAUGCUGUAAUCACCGUUAUAAAUGAUGAAAGUUAA